CAAAAACACAAAAACACAGUCAGUUUUCAUUCUCAUUUGACAUCAUCAACAUUGAAAUUUAAUUAAAACAAGAGCAGGAGGCAACUUCAAAUUAAUACAGUAUCAUCGGCGAAUAUUUCUGUGCGUGAUAUGUUCGAGGAUACUACACAGCCGAUGUGAUAAACAAUACAAGACAUGAUCGGUGGUCAGCAGGCAGCAGCGCAGGUGACGCCAGCAGGUGCUGCAAUUAAAUUGCACUUUGCCUGCAACAAAAACAACAACAAUAAUAAUAAUAUCAAUAACACCAACAAUAAUAAUAAUAAUAGUAACAAAAACAACAACAUGUACGCUGGCCUUAAAACAGUUGUAGAGCACAAAAUGAACAUCAAAAAUGCUAACAACAACAACAACAAUAAUAAUAGCAACGCCACCAACAACAACAACAAUAACAACAACAAUGGCGAGAAAUCAACAACUGAAAUGCGAAAAAUUUUCGAAAAUAUCAACGAUGGAUCUGGAUCAGUAUAUCGGUCGCUAGGAUCCUGUGUCUCGGCUGCUUCGCCGCUGGGAGCCUUUCGGGCAGUGCCCAGAGCCGCCUCGAUAUUAGUAACUCCAGCAUCGUCGACAAUUAUGGGAGUUUCCAAAGGAAUCGGCCCUGUAGCGCAGACCCUGAAGGGACUCCAGCCAAGAUCAUGUGGCGUUACGCUAGCAUCGGGCACUAUGCUGGGAGUUACCCGAGGAAACUCUGUGGGAAUUGUGACAGGAUUUCCCGCCGGUCUGCGGUUGCUGCCAGCGCCUAUUCCCAAAGGAAAGCCACCAACUGUGGGCGGUGGAGAUAGUGCAGAAGCCAUAAUGUCAGUGGGUAGAGCGGUCGAAGCUCCUGCUGCAACCAAAAGUGCCUUAGUCACCACUUUAAACCCAUCAGCAGCCCAACAGCAGCCAACCCAGCGCACUGAGGACCAAGAAAAUGCCUUUCGACGCAUCGAGGAUGUGCACAACUAUGCCAAGUUGCAGGACUAUAGCAGCGAAGACGAUGACGUGGAAGACGACGAGGAGGAAGAGCUGGACGAGGAGGAAGAGGAGGAGGACGACGAUGAGGCUGAUGCAGGAGCAAAGAUCCAGGUGCCUGCAAAGCAAGAAGUUACACGCAUCCGACGCGAAGACACCGAAGAACAUGUAGAUGUGGUUACGGUUCCGCAACCAGAACAAGAAUGCGAUCAGGAGAAACAUCAAAAGGAAGCUGUGGAAAUCAUUCAACCCGAGCACCAUGCCCGCCGUCCCAUGAACGCGUUCCUCAUAUUCUGCAAGCGACAUCGCGCCAUCGUCAAGGAGCGCUACAAGACUCUGGAGAAUCGAGCCAUUACGAAGAUCCUGGGUGACUGGUGGGCCGCACUUGAUGAGCAAGAGAAGCACUGCUUCACCGACUUGGCGCAGCAGAACAAGGACGCCUUCUUUAAUGCCAAUCCCAACUUCAAGUGGUACAAAUUACCCGCUCCGCCCCUAAGAACACUAGCAACCCGUCCCAGUAAUGCUGCUACGGGCGGAAUUGGAUCUUCUGGCGAUGAUAAUCAGCCAUCGCCACAUCCUACUCAGUUGCAGUUGCAGAAGAUACCAUUGGACCUGUUGCGUAGCAACUACUUUAAGCUGGCCGACGAAACCCAGAUGGGAGAACUGAGUUCACUGCUCCAGGUGCAGGUCCAGGAGAAGGACUUCGCCCUGCAACAGGUCCUCAGUGAGACCAGCCAAUUUCUAUCCGCCCACAUGCCAGGUGCUACUGGCAAUCAGCCUGCCACUGGCCUCAAGCGAUCGUUCGACAGCCAGUCUAGCAAUUCCAGCGAGGAGGAGGGGGGAGCGACCGGUUCGCCAAAUAAAAAAGCCAAAUCAUCACGCUCGUGCAAGGGCAAGAUCUACCAGGAGCUGGUCAACUCCGGCCAGCUGGCGGCCAUCAACAAGAAGGGCAAGAACAGGAAUCCCACAGUUUCGGGAAAUUUUACGGAUACAUCAUUGGACGCAGCACCGAAUACUCCACCCAUUUCGCCACCAGAACGCCCGCAGAGCAGCAGGCAUCAGCGCAGUGUGUCCGAGUCGAGCAGCAGUGGCUUCUUCAAUCUGGAGGAGAGGAUCAAGGAGCUGCCGGCUCUCAGUUUGGAUGCAUAUUUGCAGCGCAAGCGCAGUACCAAAAAGAAGAAGAAGUUCAGCGGCAGUAGGAAGCAAAGGAACAUCCUGAAUAGCAGCUCAAGUGGGGCAAGAGCGGCUCUCCCUGAUCCUGCGGUGGUUGCUGGUGAUCUGGAGCGGAUCAAGCAGCAGCAGCAGCAACAACAAUUGCAGAAACAACAUCAGCGGCAACAGGCAGCUGCCGUGGGCAGUCAGAGACGCAAGGCUCGGAAGGAGAGCAUCACACGUCGGGACGUGAGUGCCAUCGAGCAGGAGGUGGCCUCCAUUCUGCCGCUAACAAUCAACGGGUGCUACUACUUCAACGAGAGUCCUGUCCCCAAGGCGACCAGUGGCCCAGUAACGAUUGUGGCAUCCAAUUCUUCGUCGCCGCUCUCCUCAAACUCCUCCUCCUUUUCCUCGCCGAACUUGGAAGAGACCUCCUCUACCUCAGAUCUACUCAUUCUGGCCGAAGUGGCCGCCAAUCGCACUGAGCUGACCAAGUCCAACUAGCGACAGCAGCACUACUAACAACAAAAGCAGGAGCAGCAGCAGAAGCAGAAGCAGCAUCAGCAGUAG